AUGAAUGAAAGUCCGAUUGUCACAUACUGUUGUGAUUUGAAAGUAGUUCUCUUAGGUGAAUCGUCAGUGGGGAAGACGUCAAUCGUUACCAAGAUUUCUACAGGUAAGUUUCAGAAGGGUGCUGCUACAAUUGGUGCAGCAUUUACUACUAAACAAAUACAAUUCAAUGAAAUUGAAGAGAAUGGUGUAGAACAAUGCUUUAAGGUGAGUAUUGAAAUAUGGGAUACUGCUGGGCAGGAGCGAUAUAGAUCAUUGACACCCAUGUAUUAUAGAAAUACAGAUGUGGCAUUAAUAGUUUUUGAUCUUACGCAAGAAGCCAGUUUAAAGAAGGCGAGAAGUUGGAUUGAUGAAUUGAAAUCAUAUUUAGAUUCCUCUUCACGAAGAGAUAAACAUAUCUCGAUGAUAUUAGUUGCAAACAAAGUUGAUCUUGUGGCUAAAAAUGACGGAACCUUCGAUAUUAAUCAAUAUUUGGAGAAUUGGGAUAUACCAAGUGAAUAUCCAUUGAAGAUAGUAAGUGCGAAAACAAAUGAAGGUAUUAAUGAGUUAUUUGAUGAUAUUAUUAAAAAAAUACCGAAGGAUCAAUUUGUUAAGGAGGAUGCUCAAGCUAGACGACCAUCCACGAUACAAUUAAAUUCAAGUAUAGCAGACAACAGCACUGGUUGCAACUGUUGA